AUGACUCAGGGCUCUGUUAGAAAUUAAAAUGAAACAAUGUUCUUUAUUUCCUUAAUCAAUUUGAUUUUUGGUAUAAAGAAGUCAGAAAUGUUUACAAUCAUAUCUAAUUCAAUUCUCUUUGGUUUGAUCUUAAGUAAGUAAAGUUGAUGCUUAUAUAUGAAGUUUAUUUGCUAUACAAGUACAAGUGUCAUAGAAAACAACUAAUAUUUGAACAAGUCAUCAUAGUAUAUUAUAGCUGUUUCCAACUGGUUUUAAGAGGAGUACCUUCUAUUUGGUUUAAUAUAUUUUCGAUAUCUAUGGACUAACAUCUAGUUUAAUUUGUAAUUUUAUUAAUUGUAUUUGCUUUCACAUGUGCAUAAGUUCAACCAAUGGUAGAGAUUAGUAUACUUUAAACAAUUUUAGAAUAAUUGAUUCUAAUUAUUAUGUUUCUUUACAGAAAGUACAAUUUCACCAAUCUUAAGAAGCAAACUAAAAAUAAGAUACUCAAAUAGAUCAUUAAAAAUGUUAAAUAUUACACCUUUGACUAAAACUAAAAUGAACUUAAUGGAGAAAAAUUAAUAUCAUCUGAACAAAUCUAAAAUUCAAAUGCAACAUUAUUUUCAUCUCGUUCUGAAAAUUAGAAAUUACAAUCCUAAAUUAAAAAGGAUAUCAAAAUCAAAUGUUAUACUAAAUAAUAAAUAGAGAUGGUCUAAGAAUCUCAAAUAAUGACAUCUAAACCUUCUGUUUUUGAUACUCUAGGUGGAUUUCUGGAAUCUUAUUAGAAGGAUAAACAAUAAAUGAAGAAUAAUGUAAUUUUAGCAUCUGAAUUUGAAGAAUUAACAGGACAAAAACAAUAAUAUAGAUUAUAUAUAGAAUAAUUUAAAUAAAUUCAAAAAGUUUAUACAUUAGUAGCACUAGUUAGUUUAGAAGAUAAAAUACCAUCAAAGCAAAACAAAUAUAUAGACAAAUUUAAGAUAAGUUUAUCCAAAAUAUUUACUCAUAAAUUGAAGACUCCACUUAAUACAACUCUAGGAUUCUUAUAAGCUAUUGUAUAAGAAAACAAUACAAUAGAUGAAUAAGUAAAAACAAGAUUUUUAAAGCCUGCUUUGAUUAAUUCAAAAAUUCAAUAUUAUUAAGUUUAAGAUAUUUUAGAUUAUGUAAAUUCAGCAAAAUUAGUUACAUAUAAAAUGAGUAAGGUCAAUUUACAUAAGACUUUACAAUUAAUUUAUGAUAUGAUUGAAUUAUAAUGUAGAGCAAAAUAGAUUCAAGUUAUCUUUACAGUAAAUUCUAAACCAUUUGAUGUGAAUGAUAGGUAUAUUAAUAUAAUUUAUUAUAUGAUAGACCUAUAUAUUUAACAACUGAUUAAUUAAGAUUAGAAAGAAUUCUAUUUAAUUUAUUGAAUAAAUCAUAUAGACAUACAUAAAUUAAAGGCAAAAUUUAAUUAAAUGUAGAUGUAUAGACUGAAAAUAAUUAAGUUUAAUUUAAAAUUAAUGAUAAUGUUUAAGGAUUUAAGUAAGAAUAAUUUGAAUAAAUCAAUAAUUUUGCUAGAUUAUAAAAUUAAUGUAUUCAUGGAUUUCGAAAUUCAAUUGUAAAAAGAUCUACAUUCAAAUUUAGCCUUACAUUAUAAAUUACAAAUAAAUUAAUUUAUUUUCUUAGUGAUUUUCAGUGUUCCUUAUAAAUAAAUCAUGAUUUAGAAGAAGGAGCAAGUUAUCAAUUUUUUAUUAGUCUUAAUUGUAAAUAAGUAAAUGUUCAGUAGUCAUUUGAAAUCAGUUAAAGAAAUUUAAGUUUCUAAAGAAAAAGUUCUGGUUCACUUAAAUAACAUUUACCAAAUCAUAUUUCAUUAUUUACAACCAAUAAAAAUUAAUAAUCGUAUUAAUAUUAUUUUUUAUGUAGGGAUAAAGUGUUAGAAGAAUAUGAUAUAGAUGAAGAACCACUUGCAAAUAAACCACUUUAAUUAAGUACUUAAAUGGCUUAAACAUCUCCUAAAAGUACUUUAUUCAAAAACCAUCCUGUCUAACAAAGUAUCCUACCUUUUCAUAAAUCUGUGUUUCAAAAGGAAAUUAAUGAUAAAUCACUAACUAUUUCUAUGGCUUUCGAUCACUCUUUCAAUGUCAAACGUGUUACAGAUUCAAUAGAUAUUAGACAAGACAUGAAUUAAACGAUUAUGUUAGUUGAUGAUGAACCAUUUAAUCAUGAUACUCUAAAAUUAAUGCUAAAAAGUUUAGGAUUCAAAAAUUUUAUAAGUGCUUAUCAUGGUUAAUAAUGUAUAGAAUUAGUAAAAAAAAAUUAUAAAUCUAUAAAAAUUAUAUUUAUGGAUCUAGAUAUGCCUAUUAUGGGAGGAAUAAAAGUAUAUAUAUAUAUAUUAAAUUUAGGCUACCAAAAUUCUUAUCUAAUAGAUGUCAGAUGGAGAAAUUGAUUAUAUACCAAUAGUUGCAUGUACUGCACAUGAUGAUAAAGAUACAUAAUAGGAAUGUCUUAUGGCAGGCAUGAUAUGUAUCAUUGCUAAACCUGUAUUUAUAAGGAGUUUAUAAGAAACAUUUUUGAGAAUUAAUGAAAUCAAAGUUAAAUCUUAAAAUUUUAUUUUUGGAUCCAAAGCAAUUUCGUCAAGUAUUAAAUGA